AUGGAUCAUGGUGUACAAGACCAUCUUACCAAGUUCUGCAUCCUGCGUCCUCUCAAGCGUGCAUCGGAAGUAGCUUACCAGUUGCUGGACAUCUACCUUCUGCUGGGAGCCCCUUCAAUACUACAAAGUGACAACGGGUCCGAAUUCACAGCGCAAGUUAUCACUGAGUUGAAGCAGAUGUGGUCUGAGCUCGUCAUCGUUCAUGGGAAGCCGAGACAACCCCAGAGACAGGGUUCAGUGGAAAGAGCCAACUGCGACAUAAAAGAUAUGUUGAUUGCAUGGAUGAGUGACAAUGACACACGUGACUGGACUGUUGGACUCAAGUUUGUGCAAUUUCAAAAGAACUCAAGCCAUCACACUGGAAUCAAGUGUUCUCCCUUUACUGCUCUGUUUGAUGCCGAUGCGAAGGUAGGAUUGACAUCAUCCAGCCUCCCCCAAGAUGUCAUUGCAAGGUUGCAAACUGAACACGACCUCCUGUCUGCAGUAUUCCAUCCAAACCCAGUCGAGCAAUCCAGCGAGGAAGCAGAACCUGUACCAGUCUCACCCAUCUCUGUACGCCAGGAGGAAAUUAGGCUGCAGAGAGAGAGAGAGAGUGCCAGAGAUGCCCAGUUCCAGCAGGCAGAGAGAAUGGUCAAACGAAGUCGCAUUAUAUUUUCUAGUGUGCAAAUCGGAAGCAAUGUGACAGUGCCCAUUCCUUCAGUUGACAGAGGACGUGCAGAUCUUAGGAACAUCAUCGGAGUUGUGACAGAGUGCAGUGACAACGAGUUGUAUACAAUUGCUGUAAAAGGAGGAAUAUUGGAUCGAAAGUACUCAGAAACCAAUUCGAUGUGUGUGCUACGACCUUGUAUUCACCCAUUGAUGUCUGUACAGAUAAGGACAUUUCCCUGCGUCAAGAUGCGGUGGACAAGGUUUCACAAGAAGUAA